UACGAUAAAAAGCAUAAUAAAUAUAUCCUUAUCCAAGACGCAAAGAUAUUAAUAAACAUAUCACGAAUUCUUGAAUCGGAAACAGCCAUAUCAGUAUUAAAGACAUCGAUUCCGUAUAAAUCACUAUACUAUUCGAUAAAAGUCUUUUUUAAAUUGUUUUAGUCUUCCGUUUGUUACAUACCUACUUACAUCUCUCUUGUGGUUACUUCCAAGCUGUCACAUUCAUUUCAUCAUUAUAAAAUACUUACAUAUACUUUUCAUUAAAAUAUUUCUUCAAGACCACAUCCUUUCUUUUGUGGUUUCAAGAUAAAAAAAAAUAUAACUAAUAUAAAUAGACAAACAUAUAUAUAAUUUAGUUUUAAAAAUGUAUAAUCCUAAAAUGUUGCGCGUAGUUUUAGUGUUUGAAAGUGUUUUGUGUGUUCUGGGGUACAAUUUUGACACACAGCAUCCUAUAGUCUUUGAGGACCCAGGUGAAUUUAAAGAAAAGUCAUAUUUCGGGUAUUCUACUGUGUUGUAUAGUGAUGAAAUUACCGGUAAAUAUUGGAUCAAAAUUGGGGCUCCCAAAGGAACGUAUACAGGGCGCGGCAAAACUAUCCAACAGUCGGGACUGGUUUAUCAUUGUCCCUAUAUGGAAAAAUGCAUACUUGAACCUUUUGACUAUCAUAAUGAAAAACCGUUUGACAUUAAGUGGCCUGGUGGAAACUUGACCCAAUCCAUGCUGGGUAGUGCGAUGGACAUCCAUUACAAGUCCGGAACUUUUGCGAUGUCUGCCAACAAAUGGCACGAUAAUAAUCAACAUUCGAACAUACGGGGUGGAUUUUUCUUAAAAAAUACCACGGGAAAUACCUGGGCUUCUAGUAGUCCAUUAAAAGAGCCGUAUUCAUUGCACCAUCUUCCUUACUACAGCAGGUCACAAACUGGAUUUUCCGUGCAUUUUUCUCAGGAAGAUGGGCAUCUAGUUUUGGGAUGUCCGGGUGUUUACAACUAUUUAGGUACUGUCGUAACCAUAUCGAACAUUCAAAAGCCCAAAGAAGAAUGGUUGUACCAGGCUGCAGUACCUGAAGGUGCUUACUAUCAAUAUGCAGGAUAUUCUGUCACUUCUGGAUACUUCUAUGAUAGACAACUCUACUACGUCAUAGGGUCACCAAAGGCUCACAAUGAAAACAAACUUAAGGGUGCGGUUUUUGGAACGGUAUCUGUAUUCACUUUUAAAAACCAACUGGUUAAACACAAAGACCACCAAUUUACUAUCUCCAACAGACAUGUCUUGGUUGGUACCCAAGUUGGUGAGUACUUUGGCUACUCCAUGGCUUCUGGUGACUUAGACAGGGAUGGUUUAGACGACUUGAUGGUCAGCGCACCCUAUCGUAGAAACACUGAAACCGGAUACAACCAAGGAAGCGUGUAUAUAUUUACUAAAGACCAGUUUACAGUGGAAAGAGCAUACAGAAUCGAUAGUACUGUCAGUGGGAGUCAGUUUGGUACAGCCAUCAUGUUCCUAGGGGAUAUAGACACUGAUAGAACUAAUGAUGUAGCUAUAUCUGCUCCAAAUGAAGAAACCUCAGGGGUUGUUUACAUAUACUCCUACAUAAAAAUAACAAAAUCUCUUCAAGUAAUUCAAAAAAUCCAAGCCAAAAUGAUUCAUCCAGACCUGAAAAGCUUUGGAAUGAGUUUCUCCAGGCCCAGAGAUAUAGAUAACAAUUCAUUCAGUGAUAUUGUGGUAGGAGCUCCGUUUUCUGGACAUGCUGUAUUACUUCGUUGCAGACCAAUUGUUGUAGUUCAAGUGAACAUGCAAGUACCACCGUUGAUCAAUACUUCAGAGAAAAAUUUUAGUUUCAAAACUUGUUACAGUUACAGCGAAUAUCCGGGAAGAAAAAUAAAACUUGUAAGAACACUAACCAUCGAUAAAGAAUUAAGGAGAUUCACCAUUCACAACAAACAAAGUUUUCAAGAACUAGAAAUCACAAUAGAUGAAAACAAAGAGUUUUGUGAAAGAACCCAAGUCCAUAGGGCUAAAAAUAUCAAAAAUCUUAAAGAACCAAUCUCUAUAACGUUGUCUUACAACAUUUUUCAAGAGCCCGACUCAAAAAAUAACUCUUUAGUUGUGAUAAGCAAGCAUGGAGUUAUGGGUAAAGAUAAUUUUUGCAAAACCUGCCCAAUUCUCAGUAAAAAAUCGGUGAAAACUUUGACAAGAUCAGUAAAUUGGGAUCACCUGUGUAAAAGAAACAAUGAAAAAACAGUGUGUAGAGCUAAGAUGGAGAUAUCAGCAAGAUUUUUGAAUCUAAGUGAUGCUGGAACUUUUAUAUUGGGCUCCUCAAAUUCAGUAUUCUUAGAAAUCACAAUAACUAAUGAUGGAGAUCCAGCUUUAUCACCACAAUUACAAAUAGCACUGCCUGAGGCAGUCACAUUCACAAAAACAUCGGUAAAUUGUCAAGAACAAUACGGAAAUGUCACAAUAUGCGACUUAGGUGAAAGCCUAGAGAAAGAAGUUAUUAACAUAUACGAACUGAACAUGAAGAGUAUAAAUGACGGUGAUGAUACAAGUCCUCUAAGAUUCUUUUUCAACAGAUCAACAAUAACCCAAAAUGAUGGCGACAAUAACGGGGUUACCCUGACGCUCAAUUUAGAACGGAUAGCAAAUUUUUCUAUCACAGGAGAAUCCAUAGAAGCCAGUUAUAGUAUUGACGAAGAGAAAAUUGUUACAUUGCACAAUAUUUUUAAGAUUGAAAAAUUUGGUCCUAGUCCCGUUAAAGAGAUACAGACUCACAUCAUGGUUCUUUCAAAACUAACUGGUUCAAACCAAAAUUUCACUAAAAUCUUGGAAAUUGGAAGCGGUAGUAGUUCAAAGGCACAAUUCGUUCGAUGCCAGCAAAGAUCUACCAACAUUUCUAAUAAAAAAAAGAGACAAACAAACCUAUUUUCGUUCAUUACUGGUUCAAACGAGAAUAUCACAGAUUCUGGAUCACCGAAAUCACUAUUUUUAAACUGCUCAUCCGAACUCUUUGAGUGUGAAUUUAUUGUAUGUUCUCUAGGUCCAUUUUCCAUUGGUACAAUGUAUGCUGAUAUCAUUGUUGAUAUGGUAGUAGAUUUUAGAAAAAUUGAAGAUCUAUUACUUUUUAAAGACUCCAUCAUAGUGUCAACCCAAGCACAUGUUGUUAUGGAUCUUAAAGGAGACAAAAAUGUAUAUUCUACCACUGAAAUAUCAAAUAUCAUUGUUAUUUAUAAGGAUUAUAGGAUUUCAUUGUGGAUUCUUAUUGGAUCUGUGAUACUAGGGUUUGUAAUUUUGGUUGGUUUGACCAUUGCAAUGGCUAAGGCUGGGUUUUUUAAAAGAAAAGAUCACGAAAAACUAAAACUACUUCGUGAAGAGGCAUUAGAAGAAGAAAGAAUUAUUGAAGAAUUGAUUGAAAGAGAGUUGGCGAAAGAUGAACUAGAUGAACAACGAGCUUUCCUUUGUAAAGACACAUUUGAAGAAGAUUCAGUGGAAAUACUUUAA